CCGAUUCCCGAGCAUACUUAUUACUCAACAGUCGUCAUUCGUCAACCUAUUAUUCAAUUUGGAGUUUGAUUGUGUUUCUUUUCCCCACUACAAAUUGCGUAGAUAUCUAACCGAUUAAAAAUAUCUUUUGUAGUUUUCCUACGUGCCUAUAAAGUGCAAUUUUACAAAAUUAUUUUUAUCGUUCACUACCGUUGUGAUCAUUAUUAGGUAUUAAACUUGGUGCGUACAGUGUUUCGCCUUUUACACAGUAUCGAUACAGGGACAAGAGACCGUCGGCCGCCGGACAACGACGUUUGACAUCGAAUCUUCAGAAACUACUACAGGUAAAUAAAAUUAAUGUUUUCACCCUGGAAAUUCCCGUCGGUACUUCCCUUGAUGUAAUUUCGACCGCCGCGAGUUUCUUUUGUCACUUCAAAUCCGUCACGCAGAAAUAAUAUCGUUUUGGUAAAUUAGAAGUGUUUUUACUGCCCGUACGUCCCUUCCUCGAUGAAGGGGAAAGGGGAGAUGCGCGAAAACGCAAUUUUAAGUUCAAGGUUGUUUAGGUUUCACCGAAUUGCGUGAAAUCCAAUUUUAUGGAUUCUUCUGGUUUCGCGUUUGUUGCGUCAACAUCAACGUGACUAUGGCUUCCAUUGACACUGGGGAAAUGCAAAAGAAUCUAUUAGGUACCUAUUGACAAAAUUCAAUCACCAAUGCCCCUCCUUAUAAUUUAAUUAAAUAACAUAGAUAACAAAGUCAAAAUCGUUUAUAAAGAAACGGUAUUAAUUUAUUUUACUUAAGAUUCCCUAACUCCCUUUUCAUACCAACCCUCAUUUUAACUGUUACGCUUACAUACCAUAGAAAUCCAACUAAACGUCUUAAAAGAAACUCCCACUUGUUUUCUUAACGGUUUAAACUUAAAAAAAAUCAAGUAGGUAGGUAGUAGGUACCUAUUGACUUCCACUGGGUGGCUUCAUACAACUGUCCAUUAUCUUAAUAUAUUCUUAUUGUUCCUAGCCCAUAACAGGUUUGUAUAAUACAGGGUAUUAACCCAUAUUACUAAAAUAAUAAAAACAAAUCACCAUCAUAACUUAGGGUACCUACCUAGAUAUUUUUUAUUUGUGUAGAUAUAACAAUACCAUCAAAUCUUAUUUAUUGAAAAAAAAUUGUUUAGUUGACAAGCAGUAAUUUUAUGUGGACAAUUUGAAUCAUGUGAAUUUUUUUUUUUUAAGGUUUAAAUUAUCACUGUUUAUAAAAUGUCAUAAAGGAAAAUUAUCAGACUGUUAUACUGUACAAAUAAAGUCAUAUAUUUAAUAAGAAAAUAUCAAUAUUAAGUUAUUAGUUGAAAAACACUAAAGAUUGCAUAAACAACAAUUUCUUUCAAGUGCAAUAGGUAUCGGGUGAUAAUUUAUCAACAUUAUUUAACUUGAAAAAUAUGUAAAAUGCCAUUGUUUUCUUUUAAUUAUUUUCUGUUAUUAAUAUAAGCAUUUUCAAGGGUAUUUUCCUUUUUACGAUUAACUUGGUUCCAUCUUGUUUGGAUUGUUUUUGUAGGGUUAUCUCAAUAUGUGAACUAGAUAUUAUUAUCUCUUACGAUGUCAUAAUCUUUAUUAGUCAUUCAAUCAUUCGUUAUACAAAAAAAAAAUUCCUAGGUAAAGACUAGAGGCAGUACGUCAUGACUCGUGAGUAAUAAUCGGAUUUAUAUGUACUUAUAAUUGUUAAACAUGUAUGCAAACAAGCACUAAAAAAAGUCAAAAUAUUUAAGAAAAAGUUAUGAAAUAUGCAAAAUAAAAUUUAAAUUUUUAAUAGGUUUUUUAUUAUUAGUUAUUAUAAGUUUAAUAAACAAAAAGUAUAAUAUAUAAUAUAGCAUACAUAUGCUGUAUAUAAAUUAAAUAUUUAUUUAAUUUUUAUUAGCUUAAGCAUUUUAAAUUAUACAUUGUUAAUUAAAAUCUAUUUACUAAAACCAAAUAAAUAGUAUUUUAUUUAUCUAAUUUAGUACAUUGUUAACAUGAAAGAAGUAGGAAAAAUUUAUGGACGAACAAUAAUUUAUUAAAGUGUAUUUCACGUUUCAUCUUUUUGGGGGGUAUUUUUGUACUUUUAAAUUUGGAACGUAGCAAGGGAUCUAUUGAUUUUACUAUGUUGUGUGUGCUUUUAUUUAUAGUAAUUAAAUAUAUUAAAACCUCGAUAAAAACAUACAGAACACGCACUAAGGUUGGAAUAUGCAAAAAUGUACAAUAUACCAUUUUGUUAUUUAAUUAAUUAAGUAACGUUUUAUGGAUUCCCAUUGACUGCAUGUUCACGAUGUAGAAAAUAUCAAUAUGAAUUUUAUGCAAAAUUUGGUUUUUACUCAUGAGUCAUCAAUUAAUUGUUAUGCAAAAAAGAAUAUUCAUGUAAUAGUAAUAAUAAUUUCUGUCAAGGUUUUCUAACCAUGUACUAAUAGAUUUCUUAGACUACCUAUUUAUAUAAUGUUAUAACUCUUACUAUACUUCAGUAAAAUAUAUGUAGAUAAAGUGCUAAGAUUCAAUAAAAAUGUCAUUUAUACACUUUCACAUUGAUACUUUAAUUUAUUUUCUCCUACUUAAAAUACAUAUGUUUCAGGGUUUUAUAGAAUAUUUUUUAAACCAUCUUAGUAAAAUUAUGAGAAUUUACUAAAAUUAGAAAUCAGCACCGGCCGUUUUUUUUCGGCCCAAAACUUAAACUUAUAAACUGUCGUUGUAAAUAAAAAUAUACUUCAACUUUAUUUCCAUUCAGUAUUGACUUAGUAGACAAUAAUUAUAUAUCAGAGAAAAAUAUGCUAAAUUUUAUUAAAAUUUAAAUAUAAAUUUAACCCUGCCAAUUUAAUUAAUUAAUAAUAAUAAAAUAUAAUUAAAAUACAGAAAUCAACUUAUAAUAAUUACAUUUUAUUUCUGUAAAAAUCAUUUAAAAACAAAAGGGAGUCCACAGUAUCACCUUUGAGUCGAGUUCUUCUUUCCUCAAUAACUCUUUCUGAUGUGCUGAAAGACCUCUCACUUGGAGCACUACUUACAGGCAUCGCUAAAACUAUUGAUGCAAGUUUAGCCAUUAUAGGCAAUUUAUCAUUGUGUUCCUUCUACAAUUGUUAAAUAUCUUAAUUUUGAUUAUAUGAUUCCCUCUAAUAAAUGUUCAGUUCAUUGUUAAAUUCAUUAUAAGAUUAUUGGCAAACAAUCAUCCUUCCACUCUGAGAAUAGUGGAUUAAUUUAUUGUUAUGUCUUGCCAGUCGACAAAAUAAUAUUAUUAAUUAUUAAAUGAAAAACAUAUUCGUAUAAUAAUAAAGAUAAAACUGUAAUAUAUUAUUGUUAUAUAUUUUUGGUUUUUACCAGUGAUCUAUUUAUAAAUAUACAGUCUAGUAAUAAAAUUAUUUAUAGAUAUAGAAUACAUAUACGUAAUGUUACAAAUUAAAUUAAUGAUUUUUAUUUUUGACCGACCCGGCCCAAUGAAUAAUAUUACAAUCCCACCUAUAAUCAACCCGUAAUAUUUAAAUUAUGGCCCGGCCUAGAUCAAGCCCUGUGUGGGUCGGGCUGGCCCGGCCCGUGCUGAUCUCUAACUCAAAUAGAACGAAAUACUGAUAUUGUUAAGAAAUUUUAUCAUGGACCCGAGUACAACAGUUAAAUCAUUCUUUUCUUGACAUCUCAACAUUUUUAACCUUAUUUUAAUGGCUCAAAUACAAGCUACAACUAUGUUAGUUAUAAAUGAACCCGGUUCGUUGACAGUGUUAUCAAUCAUCUGAGGUGUUUCAAAUCGGUUUACGCCGGCAAAUUUUUCAUCUAGAUGUUCAUCUUAUGAGCAGUAGAUUGGACAUUCCAAUUUUAUUAGUUUAUUAAACACAUUUUGAUGACAAUAAAUGAUAAUAAUAAUUGAAUAAAUAAUAACAAUUAUGUAUCUACUUUUUAAGCUAACUAUUAUAUAAAAAAAGAUGGACAUGCUUUGCACAUUGGUGGGCCACUGUUGUAGGUAAGAAAUUAGGAAGGUAUAGGGCAAAUGUAUUGUAUACGUAACAAUUAACCAUUGCUAGCGAAAAAACGAUUCUGUGUGGAGUUCGGUUGAUAGUGUUGCUCUGUCAGUAAUAUACGUGUAAUAUUAUGGUAAAAUAAUAGCGUAUUAUGCAUUAUAUAUUUUUCUGUAUAUUUUCUUUAAUAAUAUUUAUUUAAUAUUGUAUCUAUUUUCCGGUUUUACCAAUUUUUUUCCAUUUAUUGGGAAAAUCAAAAAAUGGCUAUCCAAAAGAACCUCCUCACUCAGAUUUACUUUUAGUAAAAGAGCAAUCAUUGAAAAUCUGAGCAAAAUUGCUGGUAGGAAAGUUGUCCACAGAAAAAAAAUAAACAUAAACCAUAAGCUUCUUCACUCCCACUCCACUUAGAAAUUCUUAACUGUAAAUCAUAGGCUUAGAUAGGGUUUGAGAUUUCAGGGGGGGUGCUGGAGCCCUAGUUACCUAAUGGAGUAAUUGUCAAAGUAAUAAAUACCUAAACAAUGUAGAGUGAUGCAUUUGCUCCUCCUUGGAAUAGGUUAGUUAUGGUUUUUUUUUUUUCGUUUUAUUAUGGCUGAUUAAAACUUUUGGUCCCAUCUAUCUCAAAAACUGAAAUAACUUCACUGGCUUCAAUUUAAUUUGAUUUUCCACGGAUACUUUAUUUUUAUUAAUAGUUAAUGAAUAAUUUCUUUAAUUUCCAAUAAAUGUACUAAUGACGCUAAGUAUUUUGCCGCUCCUCACAAUAAAUUGUUGUAAAUAUAAUUUGCACAUAAUUAUACAAAAUGAACAAAAUUAAUUAAAAACUGAAUUAUAUUAUAGGAGAUCAAACUGUGAAAUUUUGUUUUCAUAAAAUGUAAUUAAUUAUAUGUAUGUAUGUAUUUGAAAUUUAAUGACACUUUUAUUUAUUGAAAAAAAAAAAAUUAAUGGUUAUAACUUAAAAACUAUUAAUAAAAUACAUAAUAAUAUUAAAAAAAAAAAUAAUGAUAACAUCAACAAUAAUAAAAAUAAAAAUAACAUCAACUACAUAAGUACCAAAUAUUAUAGUUUCAAAUCUAACUUUUUCAAACAUGUUAUAGAAAGUAACCACAGCAUCACAAAUAGCAUUAAAAAAAAAAAAUUAAAUCAAUAAUUUGCACACAGAAAAGUAAAUAUUUAAAUUCAUUACUAGAAAGUUACCAUAUUCAUAAUGAAAUAAAAAACAAUAAUUUAUUAAAUGUUUAAAGAGAUUUUAAAAAUUAUAUUUCUUUUUCUCAUCUACAUAAACUUAAAGAUGAAAAUAAUAGUGAUAACAUUGUUUAAUCAUAUUUCUCUGCUAUCAUCGUUAUGCUAUAAAAAUGUAUACACACUUGUAUGAUACUAUAACGAAUAUUUUUAUUUUUAUUUUAAAAUUUAUAUUUAUAUUUUUUAUAUAUAUAUAUGUAUUCCGUGUGUAUUUAAUAGAAACUCUUAGAGUCAUCCCAGACUACAGAAUUUUUAUCGGCCGAUGGUUUAGUAGGGUUCUAAAUUAUUAUGAAGAUGUUUGCAAGAGUGCAUAUUAAAACAAUUUGGUAUCGGUCGACUGCUUAAUUACUAUGGCGAUCAAUCCUCGCGCGCAUACGCCGAUUCGGCCGAUAGCUUCAUUUGGUCAAAGCUUUGGAGUGGGAAGGUAGUAGUAGUAGAAGUUCAUUCGAUAAAAAAAUCUAUUACUUUAGAUUGGAUGCACCCAAUACUCUCAGUUUCUCUUCUACAUUCUUCUCCGUUUUAUUAACGCAGUAAUUACAUUUUUUAAGUGACUGUUCUCAUCAGUAGAAGUGUUAUCAGCCAGCAACAUUUUUCCAGUACAGUCGACCGACUUAUUGGCUGAUUUGCGAACUACCAAUCAAACUGUUUAGUUGGCUCAAUGUGCGCGCUAGAAGCCCAACCCGACGACUAAUUAUCGGCUGAUAAAAAGUCUAGUCUCCGAUGUCUCUUAGUUUAAUAAGAACAAAACGGGAAGGAAAGUCAAUAAAACAAAAGAAGUUUUGUUAACCUUUCUGUAUAUAUGUAUUCUAAAUAGGUUCUUAUCAUAAUUUCUUGUUUUUAUAUCUAUUUUUUUUUUUUUAGAUAACCUUAGUAAGUCAAUACUAAUUAAAUUGGUUUUUAAUAUCAUAACUCAUAAUUAUACAAGUAAUCAGCUAUCUAGAACUGUCAUUUCUUAUCCACUAAAAUUAUUACCAGGGAUAAUAUGAUAAAUAGUGUUUUGUACGUGACAAAAAAAAUUAAUAAUUUUGAAUAAAUUUUAAUUAACUAGUGGUAUUUUCUAUUUUUAUUUUUUUGAAGUUUUUGGAUUAUGUUAGUUAACUAUAAAGUAUUAACAUUUUAACUAUCUAAUCAAUUUAUAUGAAGUUUUUAAGUGCAUGCAACUAUUUUAGUUAGACCUUCCGAAAAAUAUGUAAUUUUCUAAUAAUGUUUAAAAACAGAGAAAAGAUUAGUUAUUGUCUGUACAUAUUUUUUCUAACUUUUUUAUUUAUACUGUUAAACCAUUAACUAUAAGCUAACUAUUGUUCAUUAGUACGAUAAAUGAAUAUUAAUAUAAAUAAUAUAAAUAUUUAUAUAAAUAAAUUUAUUAAGAUAAUAGUUCUAUUUUUCUCAGUCAAAUCUUUAUUUUUCUUUGAGACUGUUAAUUAUUAUAUCAACAAUAUAAUUGUUUUGAUAACAUUUAUAUAAAAUAAUCAAUUUAUUGUGCUUCCAGCAACUUAACCAAGUAUUCUGUCAAAUUAAAAAAGGCUGAUAAUCAUAAGUCUAUAGCAAAAUAAACUAUUUAUCUGUCGUUUUUUUUUUUGAAAGUGCAAUAUCUCAGUUUUAAACUUGUUUUUUUUCUUAUUAUAUUACCAAAAUAAAUUGGAAACUUUACAAAUUUAAACAAUAACAUAUAAACCCAGAGGCCAAAAUCAUAAUUUUAGUAAAAUUGGUACCUAAUUAAAUCGAAAAAAUAAAAAAUACUAUUUAAAAAUGUUUCUUAUUAAUAUUAUUGAUAUAUAAGUAUAUUAUAUAGUUUAAAUAUUUUAAAAUAUAAUUAUACUAAUCUGGAUUUUAAAUUUAUUUUUUUCAGAUUAAUUCAAGUUUAAAUUUUUGCAAUGAGUACGUGGCAACAAACACAAACUCCAUAUGGAUCUGGAACAGGUAUAAUAUAUUUAUUUAUAGGUGAAUGUCUACCUAAUUAUCUAAAUUCCUAUUUUAACACAAAUAUUAUUGUGUUUACCAAGUAUUUUAAUUUUCUUAUAAAUGACUAAUUUUAUUUAAUUAGGAUAUUAUAUAAUGGGGGAUAUAAUAUUAAUCAAUUAUGCCAGAAAUUGCAGGUAAAAAAAAGAAAUGUUAUGGGAUAAAAAAAAAUUUCAUUAACUACGCCGAUCGCUAUUCGAAAGUAAUACAAAUUUGUUUAGAAUUAUUUAGAAUACAAGUAGUGUCCCAAAAUAGGGUGCAACUGAUGAGCACCGUUCUAAUGUAUAAUGAAAAAACUCCCACAAUAAAUAAAUUUCUUUAUGAAUGGACAACAAUAGAUAUUAUUACAUGAAAAAUAUUAGACAAAUUCUAUGAAUUCAAUUAAAAAAAGUAUAAUACUUUCUGUUUAUAGGCUUCUAAAAAUACAAUUUUAUGUAGUGCACAAAUAAUUAAACAAAAAAAAGAUCAGAAAUUUCAACGAUUGACACAAAAUAGUUUCAAUGUACCUAAAUGUUGUGUUAAACUAAAAAAAAAAAAAACCAGAAAAUUUAGUUAUUCUAAAAAUGCAGCUGUUCAGGAGAUUACGAGACUGGAAAAACUGCACUUGGGAAUAUUUUAUUUUAAUUAUUAAACUUAACUAAAUUUUAUUGUCUUUUUAAUUCUGGUUACCUUAGGAUUAAGUUAAGAUAGAGAAACACCUAGACAUUUUUGAUAAGUGUAAGUAUUUUUUUUUUCUACUUAUCUAUUAUGGUAUCUCUGUGUAAUGGCGAUUUGGGGAAUUGUGUCAAUUUUAGUAGAAGUUAAGGACGAGGAUGGCCAACCCCAAGUAGUUGGGAUGAAAGAGAAGAAGUUGGUUUAUCUCUCAUAUUUUAAAUAUUUUAAAUGAAGAUCUGUUUAUUUUAAAAGUGUAUACAUUAAUAAAUUGAACUCAAGAUAUGAAAGCUUCAAGAUAUUUUGGAUACUUAUUUAAAAAGUUACACACAGUUAUUUAAUCUAUACAAUUUAAAUACCUUAUAUAUUUCAUAAUUAUAGUUAUUAAAAACUAAAAAUUAAAAAAUAUUUUAACUUAAUAUUAAAAAUAUAAAUAUUUUAGCGCCACCACCACCUGGAUUUUAUCCUCAAGGUGCACCAUACCCAAAAGUUGAUGAUGCUUAUGUGCCUAGCGGUGGCUAUCCUAGUGCUGGUGGAUAUCCUAGUGGCGGUGGGUAUCCACCUCCUUCGUAUGGACAACAAAAUAUACCAUAUUAUGGAUCCCCAAAUAUGCCACCACCACAAAACGACAGUUACAAUGCAUCAGAUAAUUUUGGCUUCAGUGAUAAAACUAUACGCAGAAAAUUCAUUAGGUAAAUAUACAUUUUUAAGAAAUUUUAAAUGUUUCUUAUAUUUAAUUCAAAUGUUUUGUUUUCAGUAAAGUCUACAGUAUCAUUAUGUGUCAACUACUGAUUACGUUACUUUGUGUAGCUGUUUCAACAUUCCAUAUUCCUACCAAAAAUUACAUCGCUUCUAACCCUGGUCUUAGUUUAGUUGCUAUUAUCAUCACUUUUGGAACUUUAAUUGCUCUUGCGUGCUGUGAAGAUUUACGCCGUAAAGCUCCUACUAACUUUAUCUUGUUGUUUGUGUUUACUCUUGCUGAAUCAUUUCUUGUAGCAGUAACUACAACCAAGUACUAUACCAACGAAGUUCUUCUGGCCCUUGGUUUAACCACAUUAAUAUGUUUUGCUCUUACAUUAUUUGCACUUCAAACUAAAAUUGAUUUUACAGUGAUGGGCGGUUUUUUGUUGAUUGCAACUUUGGUAUUGUUGGUUGGAUCUAUUGUAGCCAUUUUUUUCCCUGGGAAAUUGAUAAAAUUGUUAAUUUCAUGUGCUGGGGCAUUAAUAUUCUCCCUAUAUCUUCUUUAUGAUACUCAACUAAUGGUAGGUGGUGAUCACAAAUAUUCUAUUUCUCCAGAAGAAUAUAUAUUCGCAGCAUUAAACAUCUAUAUGGAUGUAAUUAACAUUUUUAUGUAUAUUUUAGCUAUAAUUGGAUCCUCCAAUGAUGAUUAAAAUAUUUUUUUGUGAAAUCUAUUAUUUAAACAAUAAAACUGAUCAUUUUUACCUAAAAUUGAAUGUAGGUUAUAGUAUGAUUUCUUUUAAUAUAUACUUCAUUGUUUUGAUAGUUAAAAUGUGUUUAUUAUUUUUUGUUGAAUAAGGUAGUUUUAAAUGAUCAUCCAUAUCUUAUUCUCACAAAAAAAAAGUUAUUUCAAUAUAUACAUGCUAAAUAUGUUAUAAAAUAUACUCUGUACAAAAGAAAAUAAAUUUUAUACUUACAAUACAUUAGUAUGAUUUAUAACAUAUAGUCUUAUACUUAUUUUUAUAGUUAUUUGAACUUCUAAAUUAAAAUACUAGUUUAACAUGACCAAUAUAAUGUUAAUUUAUAAGUAAUCAACAAUUAUUUAUCAUAAUUUAAUAUACUCAUUUGUUAAUUUAAUUAGACUUUAUAUUUGUAUUUAUAACACUUCGAUUUUAAUGCGUUCAGAGAAGUAUAAAAAGAUUGUUAGGGAUUAUAACCCUCUCAAUUGGCUUUGCAAAAAAGAAAAAAAAUGUUUAUAUUGUAAUUUUAACUUCAAAUUAUAUACUUCAGCCAAGUUACAAGAUAUAAAGCUUGAUUUGUGGAUUAUAAAUUAGCUCUUAUAGUUUCAGCUUUUAAAUUAUCAUUACUAGGUUAGGUAUAAUAAAAGAAGAUUCUACAAUGUAUUCAUUUGUCGUGGUUAAUAUUUACGUCACUGAUUACAUUAAUAAUAUUCUGGAUAUUUUCAGUUAUAUCCUUUACUCAUUUCAUGGAAUUAAAAUUAACUUAUAGCCAAAGACUAAUGUAAUAUGGUACUAGUCUUGGAAAUUUGAAAUUGUAUAGUAAUAAAUAUAAUACAAAGUGUUUUUAUUAAAUCAGAUAUGUUACAGAUUCAACUCGUAAUUUUGUAAACUAUAAAUAUAUUCAAUAAAUUAACAUUCCUAAAUGUCUGUGUAAAAUAAACUACCUAUUAUUUAUUUAUAUAUUAUAUUAUAUGAUAUACAAUAAUACAAAUUUUGUUGUUAUUUUUAUA